UAGAGCUUGGACCAUUCGAAAGCUCAUCGCAUUGCGCGACUUGAUUGGUGCGAGAGCUGCCGUCUCCGGCCCCAUAUGAAAGUUCCUCCCUGCUUGCUUGCCUGUUUGCCUGCCUCCUCCGCACCUCAUUUUUGCAUCUUGCAAUCAUCUUUACCUUCUACAGGAGCAAACAUUGAACGGAGACAAACGAGGCCGAACUGUGACUCAGAAGAAAGCCCUGAAUCGCAACUGUCGCAAUUCAGAUAAAAACUAUCCAACAUGAGUGGCACACGAUGUCUGUACAACUACAACAGGACAGCCCUUUAUAGGGUCUUCGUCUCGCCCUUUGAGAAGGUGGAAGCCUUAGCCCGACGAAGCGCCCUUGCCCAUCCCGCCUCCAGAACACUACCGCCAGUAUUGUCGCCGCCGAUGCAGUCUUUCGCCCGUCACGCAGCCCUUAUUCACCGACCCCGGAAGCCGAGCAGUUCGGCAACACCAGAGCCGAAGGCUGCACAAAGGCUCCCCGCCGACGUGCUGAUCCGCGACCGCCAAAUCUUGAUCGCCGGCGAAGACAGCAAGCUGACGGGCCCACACAACACCUCUCGGGUGCUCCAGUCGCUCGACCUGGACACGCAGUCCCUGCGGAUGGUCUCGCGGGCACCGCCGAACCCGACGGGGGACCAGCCACAGUACGCCAUCUGCCGCAUCGUCGACAAGCGCCUCGAGAAAGAGCGCGAGAAAGAGCAGGAGAAGGCCAGGAAGGAGACUGCGCGCAGGCUGGCGCGGAUCAAGGAGCUCGAACUCAACUGGGCCAUCGCGUCGCACGACCUCGGCCAUAAGAUGAAGCAGAUGAAGGGCUUCCUGGAGAAGGGCUACAAGGUCGAAGUAAUCUUCGCCAAGAAGAGGGGUAGCAGGAUGGCCACACGUGACGAAGCGGAGGCGCUUGUGAAGGCGGUGCGGGACGUCGUUGCCGAAGUCCGUGGUGCGAAAGAGUGGAAGGCGGCGGAUGGGCAGCCGCCCAAGGUCAUGAAGCUAUACCUGGAUGCGCCACCAUCGGCGAAAGCUCCUUCCAAGUCUUCUGCCGUCAACUCGGAGUCUUCGGAGCCUUUGGAGAACUGAUAGGCCUGCGGGAUCAUCCUAGGACGAUUGGGCCGCGACAGACUACGGAUGCUGAUAUGAUUUUACACGGAUGCACCUGAGGCUGUGUCAUAGAUUUUGUCUGUAUAUUAGAGUAUCCAUCAGAUUUCUGCAUAGUAGAUCUGCAUACAGAGCCGAUGUUCUUGCUACUGCGGCUCUAAUGUGUCUCGACUUUUUAAGUCAUCUUGAUAGAAUACCUGCUACCGAGGCUUCCAGAAUGAUUCUUAUUUCUGUAACUUUAACAUCUCUCUGUGUGAGCUAGAAACCCAGCAAACAU